GGCAUCGGCUCCAUCGCACUGUCGGCCAGGAUCAACGGCUCCCGCUGCCAUCAAGCACCUCCGAGCAACAGUGCAGACAGAGUCCAGCCGCAUCCGCCUUCCAACCCUGCCAGUCCACCGGAGCCACAGUAGCGACCAUGAGCCACAACAAGAAAGGAAAUACCUCUCUGGGAAAGUCUCUCAUUCGGAGCCGGUUCAGCAAGAACCCAAAUGCCAAAAUCAAUCCUGAUGGAUCGCUGAGGCACACAACCCUGGUCGAGGACGAUGACCUGACCAACAUGCAGUCGAUUACUGAGGAGAACGACCUCGAAGCCUUCCUGAACUCUGCCACCUUGGCUGGCACAAACUUUGCCGCCGAGCGCCUCAAUGUCACCGUGGUGAGCGAUCCCUAUGUGAAUCCGUUCCUGCUGACGCCCGAGAAGGAGAAGGAAACCCUGCGAAGGCAUCUGGAGCACCAGAAGCGUCUGACGAUCCCAAGACGACCCGAGUGGGAUUCGACCACAACCGGCGAGGAGCUGAAGCUUGCCGAGCGCGAGUCUUUCCUCGAAUGGCGCCGUGGCCUGGUUGAGCUCGAAGAAGAGCAGGGUCUCAUUUUGACUCCCUACGAACGCAACCUUGAAGUGUGGCGGCAGCUCUGGCGAGUUAUUGAGCGCUCGGACCUGAUCGUCCAGAUCGUCGAUGCGCGCAACCCGCUCUUUUUCCGAUCUACGGACCUGGAGACCUACGUCGGCGAAGUGGAUGACCGAAAGAAGCGCCUGCUGCUUGUCAACAAGGCCGAUAUGCUGACUCUCAACCAGAGAACUCUGUGGGCAGACUUUUUUGAGAAGGAAGGCAUCCGCUAUACAUUCUUUUCGGCCGCCAUGGCUCGUCAACAGCACGAAAGGGAGCUGGAGGAACAAAAGGCGGCUGAACUGGAGAAACGCAUGAAAAAGGACCGAACGUUGAAAACCGCUCGGAAGCAGAACUUGUUUGAGUUGAUGGGCAAUUUCAAGGAUGAGGACAUGGUCGAUGGCGAAGGCGACAGUGACGACGAGGAGGAUGAUGAAGCCGUCGAGGCCGAAGACGAGGCCGAGGACGAGGCUGGUGGGGAAGAUGCCCAGGAGGAUGGCGAUGCCAGCCCAGAAGCCGAUGAGCCGUAUCAGGAGGCUGCCCAAUCCCCAGAGGAGCCCGGCGGCGACCGGGACGAAGAUGUCGUCGAGAUUUACGCCGAGCGGGACGAAAGCCUCCCUGAGCGCGUCCGCAUUCUCUCCGCCGACGACCUGCUGGAGCUCCUCGAGCGAGAGUGCCCCGAGCCCCUGAACACUGAGCACGGAAACAAGGUCACGAUUGGAUUCGUGGGCUACCCCAACGUCGGUAAAAGUUCCACCCUGAACGCCCUCGUUGGCGCCAAGAAGGUCGCCGUUGCCGCCACCCCAGGCAAGACCAAGCACUUCCAGACCAUCCAUCUGUCCGACUCUAUGAUCCUGUGCGACUGCCCUGGUCUCGUCUUCCCCACCUUUGCGACCACCAAAGCCGACAUGGUCCUCAACGGCGUUCUGCCCAUCGACCAACUCCGCGAGCACACUGGGCCGGCUGGUUUGCUGACCCAGCGUAUCCCCAAAGUUGCACUGGAGGGCAUCUACGGUCUGCGCAUCCGCACACGGGAUGCCGAGGGCCUAGAAAUUGACCGUGCACCUACUGGAGAGGAGCUUCUCUCUGCCUAUGCAAUUGCUAGAGGAUUCAAAAAGUCGUACCAAGGCAACCCGGAUGAAGCCCGAGCGUCGCGAUAUGUUUUCAAGGACUAUGUCAACGGCAAGCUGCUGUACUGCCAUCCGCCGCCUGGGAACAACGAUGCCAAGCACUUUAACGCCGAGAUCUACCUGCAAGAGCGCUUCCAGCGCAAGACCAUUGCUACACCUGGCUAUGUCGACGGCACGCCUGUAUCUCAAGCACCCUCACGCACAAUGGACUCGGAGUUCUUCAACAGCAAGCACAUCCAAGCCAAGACUGUUGGCAAGUUCUCGCGUGGCAACUUUAACCGCAAUCAAAUGUUCCCGCACCAGAACCGCGUGGACGAUGUGGGCGAGGAGAAGCGAGCUCCGUUGAAAGGCAAAGGCAGAAGGGCGCCGCGUGGGGCCGUGACGGCCGAGGCACUCAUCGGCAACUCUGUCAAGAACGACAAGCGCCAUAAGAAGGGCCCCAAGAACGUCAAGAUGCGGACCCAGUGGACGGUCGACGAGUAGGCUCUGUGCUGCCGUCGCUGUCGCUGGCUGGUCCCACAUGCCUGUCAGCAGGGGUGGCCUUUGGCACCGCCAAUACACCAUUUCCCUGCACAUA